GUGGGUGAUGAGGGGUGCGCAGUGGCCCACCAGACUCAACAGUGGUCGCUGGGGGUGACAGUCUACACUGUGGUUGACUUGUUCCUCCCUGGAGCCGCUCUUAACACUAUGACAACUGUCAAUUGCCUUACAGCCCUUCUUAAACACCAUAACCGUACACUCAUGAUGUUGAAAGGACAUGGACUGCGUUAUGCAUCUUUGCUACACCAAGAGGCAUAUAUUGGUGGCAAAUGGGUAGGGGCGGCAAGUGGCAAACUUUUCCCCGUCACCAAUCCAGCCAAUGACAAGGUGAUUGCUAGUGUGCCUGACAUGGAAGAAGCUGACACUCGGGCAGCUAUUGAUUCUGCAUAUGAGGCUUUUAAAACCUGGCAGAAGACUACAGCAAGGGAGCGAUCACUUCUCCUUCGAAAGUGGUACAACUUAAUGGAAGAACACAAAGAGGACCUUGCAUUAAUAAUUACUGCAGAGGCUGGCAAGCCAGUGACAGAGUCUCGAGGAGAAAUUGGGUAUGGAAAUUCAUUUUUGGAGUGGUAUUCUGAAGAGGCUAAAAGGAUAUAUGGAGAGGUAGCACAAAGUCCUUCAGCCAGCAAGGAGAUGAUCUUCUUACGUCAGCCUAUAGGUGUAGCAGCAAUGAUUACUCCGUGGAACUUCCCAAAUGCCAUGAUUACUCGUAAAGCUGGAGCGGCUCUGGCAGCAGGCUGUACUUGUGUCAUCAAGCCUGCAGAGGACACGCCCUUGUCUGCACUUGCUGCUGUAGAUCUGGCAGAAAAAGCUGGUUUUCCACCAGGUGUCAUCAAUGUUGUGACUACAUCGAGAGCAAAUACAUCAGUCGUUGGGGAGCUUAUGUGUACCAGUAAAAAGGUUGCAGGCGUCUCCUUCACAGGCUCGACAGCAGUUGGACGGCUCUUAUAUAAGCUCUGUUCAGAUGGUGUCAAGAGAAUUGGACUCGAACUUGGAGGAAAUGCUCCAUUUAUUGUCUUUAAUUCAGCAAAUAUUAAAUCUGCCGUGGAAGGCCUUAUGAUUGCAAAGUUUAGAAAUUCAGGACAAGCUUGUAUAAGUGCCAAUAGAAUAUUGGUCCAGGAAGAAGUAUACGAUAAAUUUUUGGAAGCUCUAAUGGAAACUGUCAGCAAAACACUGGUCAUUGGUGAUGGUUUUGAGAAGGAAGUGAAUAUAGGUCCACUCAUAAACAACAGUCAGCUGAAAAAGGUUGAAAGGAUUGUGAAUGAUUCAGUAGCGGCUGGUGCAAAAGUAGAGCUGGGUGGAAAAUGUCACAGUAUAGGAAGCAAAUUCUUCCAGCCAACUAUACUCAGUAAUGUGACUGAAGAUAUGGCAUGCUUCCAGGAAGAGAUAUUUGGCCCUGUCAUAGCUCUAAAAAAAUUCAAAACGGAAGAGGAGGCUGUUGCAAUUGCAAAUGCAUCAGAGAGUGGUUUAGCAUCUUACUUCUACAGCCAAGAUGUGUCACAAGUUUGGAGAGUGGCUCGUAAAUUGGAGACAGGAAUGGUUGGUAUUAACGAAGGCCUCAUAUCUGCUGCAGAAGGAGCAUUUGGAGGUGUCAAAGAAUCUGGAAUUGGGAGAGAGGGUUCAAGACAUGGCAUUGAUGAUUACACUUAUUUAAAAUACAUAUGCUUAGGUGGUAUCAACUAAAGGUUUAUAUUUAUUCAAAGCAUAUUCAGGACCUGUCAGUAAAAGAUACUUUGAAAUUAAUUUAUCAAGAUUAUGAAUAAACACAUACAAUAAAACCUUGUCUUCUCUAUAUUUUUCAAUUACUGUAAUUACCUCACAUUAAUAUUUAAAAUAAUAUAUAUUGAGAUUUAGUGAUGUAAUACAACAGGCAGUUUGUUUCAAAAUACAUUGCAGUUUUUUAUAUUGUUUGAGUUUAUUGUUAAAUUGUUCUGUGGAAUGUAAGUAAAAUUAUGUUGUGUGUAUUAUCUGCAAGGUAUGCAAGUUUAUGAUUACUGAACUAAGUGAUAAAUCUCACUUUUCUUCUAAAGAAUGAGAUUCAGCACGAUAAAUGUUUAUCUGGCCUGUAUAAGUACAGGUACAGUGUAGUAGAUUCUGUAUUAUUAAAAAUGUGGUUCAUUUAGUGCAGGAUUGAGCAAUGAGACUCAUUCCUGGGCUGAAGGGCUUGAGCUAUGAGAGAAGACGGAGAGAACUUGACCUUACCACACUGGAGGAAAGGAAAGGCAGAAUGCUGUCCUUGUCCAUGUACGUGACCAGCUGCUCAGAUUACCAUCUUCUCUGGUCUCCUCCAGCAGUUAUACUCUGCUCUUCAGUAUUGCCAAUGCCCAGGGUUCAAAUUACCAACUUCAGUUUGGCUAAUAAGGAUUCACUAUUCACUCUUCACUAUUGCCAAACCAAAGGUUUAAUACACCCUUCGCAUGCUAGACCAAAGAUGACCCAUUGUCACCAUCUGAUCACCCCCACUUAUUAUAUUUCUUAGGAAUAUCUAUAAAUGUUUUAAUUAAUAGCCUCACAGUUUGUUGAGAUAAGGAUAAAUGUUACAAAUAAGACCAACAUUGUAUACUAAUUAGGACUUUAUUUUUAAAUUAAUACUCUGUUAUAUCUUUCAAAUACGAAGACAAACACAAAUCCAACCGUCUAUACGGAAUGGAAAUUUGUACACUAAGGCAUAGGUAGCCCUGUUUACAAUUUCUAUUCAUUUACAAAGCUGGAAAAAUAUUGCCUUUGAGUGCAUUUUGUGAAUGCUCCAUAAAUCUAAAAAUAAGAUACUCUUUAGAACAUUUCAUUAAAUGCUGAGAAAGAUUUUAGUUAAUUUUGAGCAAGAGUUCUAUAAGCACUAGUGACCACCUCCCAGCGGUGUGGAGCUGGGAGCACCGGCCUCCCCGUGAGGAGCUCCGAAAUGCUCACGCAACUCACCAGUCUCUUUGUGAAGUUCUCGCUUCCAGCACAAGAAGAAGAAAAAGAAGACAAAAAUCCAGAAAUAUUGAGCAGUUUGAGAUGAUAAGAGGCCAGGUUUGCCAAGAUCCCCAAGCUAUGUACAAAUGUUACACGGUUGUCUGGCAUCACAAAGACUAAUGAUAACUAUAUGAUGCUGUGACUGAUGACUUAAUCUGAUGGACUUGUCAUACUCUUGUACUCCACCACUGUCUGGUGUGCGGGCAGCCACGCCAGGACUCGGGGGGCCCCCUACCAUCGUACUACGACUAGAUGAGCAAUACUAGUUAACACGCAAUCGACAAUACCCUGUUGUUUUCCACCUACAGUAUUUACAAAAAUCGUGAAUGGGAUAUAUAUACAAUGACAAAAUCACCACUCUGAAAUUUAAAUAAAAUUUUAAAUAUG